UGCCGGGCUCAGUCCCCUCCCAGGAUGGCCGGCUGCCGGAAAGCCAUAUCCUUGCGGAUAUUUUGGCUUCCUGGCACUUUGAGUGGAUACGCGUGAUGGUGGACUCCGAGAGAAAGGGUUUCAUGAAUAAGCUGUAUGCCAUUCAGGAUGUGUGUAUCAGUGUGCAGAAUGCUCUGGAUGAAGUGGCCUCCUAUGGUGAGAGGAUAAAGAAUACUUUGAACUGGACUGUGCCUUUCCUCAGCUGGCUGGCCAUAGUGGCCUUGUGUGCGGCCACUCUUGUGGUGUACUUCAUUCCUCUCAGAUACAUUGUACUGGCCUGGGGAGUGAACAAGUUCACCAAAAAACUGCGAGACCCAUACAGCAUUGACAACAAUGAGCUGUUGGACUUCCUGUCCCGAGUGCCCUCAGACGUUCAAGUGGUGCAGUACCGAGAGCUGAAAGUGGAGCCCACUCUCAGCCCAAACAAAAGAAAGAAAAACAACCCAGGAUAGCUCCUCUUCUCGCACGGAUGCUCUCCCAACGCCAAGGAGAAGGAGAGGACUGACCGGCAACCAGCCUCUUUCUGUCUAUCUUCCUCACUCUUUUUCUCUCUGCUUUAGCUGCGGCGUGGAGAGUUAAAGAGCGCAGUUAGAGUGAAAACAGGACCAUUGUUAAUUACCAUCCGUCCUUUUUUGGGUUUAUUUUUGUGGUGGGGAGAGCGCCAAAAGCUCUUGACCCCUUUUAGAGUCAAACAGUCUGGGUUAUUUGUCAGCGCUUGCCACUAGCCAGACAGCUCUAAAAGCCAAGGUGUCCUUCCAUGGCAGCAAAGGGAGCUGCACUAACCACAAAUAGCAGGCUCAGCUGAUAAUACGCCCACCUGUGCCGACACACCUCGCCUCUACAGAAGGGAAAACGAUGGUGGUUAAGUUGCAGUUUCCCCCUAUAAUUUGCGCGGCACAGUAACUGCCAUAUCUAAAGCUAUCCGCAGCUGUCGAGCACCAGUUAUCGGAGUCGACAGCUGAGCCCGUUACGGUCCGAUUUAUGGCUGUAACUAAAGUGCUCGUGGAAAUGACUCAAAAAAACCCAGUGCCAGUGAGGUUUGCGAUAUCUUAACGUCAUUUUGAUGUUCUUUUAACGGUAUGAAUGAUGCAUGCUGGGAUUGUUUAUUGUAAACAUUCUUCAACCACUAGUAGCCAUGGCACCAUUGUCCUCAUAGUGGGGAUUAGUGUUUACGUACCCUUGCAUCAUUCCCUUUUCAUCCUUUGCUCCCAAAGCACCACCCAGUGCCACUCCACUAAUAAAGACCUAAGUUUUGAUCGUGUGGUGAGAGAGGCACAUCUCAUUUGAAAGCAACUUCCUCUGUCAUGUUCCCAUGUGCCCCAACUCUGCCACCGCAUAUGCGGUCAUCAGCCGUCCGUCUGCCCUACGUUGGGCGCCAGCUCAAACUUUGAUCUCUAAAGGCCAAGCGCUGAUUUACACAGGAAAAAAACGGCCGAAAUCUUUCCAAAAAUCCCAAACUUGAAGGGCGAAUGUCUGUGUUUUCAUUGCUGUGGAUUGGCUGCUUGACAAGAAGACGAUAGCGUGUGACAGGCUGCUUUAGGGCCUCGGGGGGGGGGUACUGGAGGGCAGAGGUUUACUGACGGCGCCGUGGAGAAAAGGAGGACGCGAGCUGCUUUUGCAGCACUCCUCCUGUUAUUCUGCUUUCUCUCCCUCUGUCAUUUCCUCUCCUUCAUCCAUUCGCUUGUGAGGGAGGUCACGGAUGGGUCCGCGGGGUGCUCGAGGGACCUCGGCGUAGCGAGUGAUGAAAGAUCACAGUGCAGGCUACAUCAGAAAAGACGGUAGCCCUGUCCCUCCGCCUGCCUCCUGACUUCUCAUUUGCCAUAUCGCAUCUAUCAUAUGAAAAGAGCAUUGAUUUGUCUGAGGGAAUUCCAUUACAAAGACAACACAAUCCCCACUGAGCAGGACACGGACGGUACUUCAGUGACUAAAAAACCAACACACAGAUUUGAACAGCAGAAAGGAUAGUUUUUUAAGCCUGAAUGUGUUUCUAUGUACUGUAUGUGUUGAUUUAAGUUGUUCAGUAGGUUUAUUGUGAAUGGUUUUUGCAUCCCAAAAGUUUUGUUUCGUAAAAGUGCACAUGCUAUGUU